CGCAAAAGUAAUCAAACAUUCAAACUCCAACUUGAAGAUCAUAUCUAUCCAUCAUCUUCCUCUCUGCCUCACCAUGGCUCACCCCAGAAAGCUUCCAUCUCUGAUAAUACCGUUCCUUGUCUUCAUCCUCCAUCUGAGAUUCUCUUCUUCCCAAUCUGUCAUCAAAGGAGGGUACUGGAAUUCAGAAAGUGGCCUCGCUGCUUCAGACAUUGAAGCCUCCUAUUUCACUCAUCUCUUCUGUGCAUUUGCAGAUCUUGAUCCCAACACCAACACAGUCACCAUUGCUUCUUCCAAAGCAUCUCAAUUCUCCUCCUUCACCCAAACAGUUCAACAGAAGAAUCCUUCUGUUAAAACCCUCUUGUCCAUUGGUGGUGGCCGUGGACCUGUUGUGAGUUCAGAAUUUUCUCAAAUGGCAAGCAGCGCCAGUACUCGCAAAUCAUUCAUUGAUUCUUCUAUCAAUCUUGCCAGAAAUAACAACUUCCAUGGCCUCGACCUUGAUUGGGAGUACCCAAAUUCAACAGACAAAACUAACUAUGGUUCUCUCAUCACAGAGUGGCGAUCUGCCAUAGCUGCGGAAUCUCAAUCCUCUGGAAAAUCCGCGUUGCUGUUGUCAGCCGCUGUAGCUGGCUCAGACCAGAUAUCGCCAUUGGACAAUUACCCACCUCAGGAAAUUGCGAACAGCUUCGAUUGGAUAAACGUGAUGGCUUAUGAUCUGUUCAUUCCAGAUGGGUACCCGAAUGAGACGAGGCCGCCCGCUCCAUUGAGGAACCCUACUGGGCUUUUCAGUGGAGACGAAGGGGUUUCGAAAUGGAUUAAAAUGGGUGUUCCGGAGAAGAAACUGGCUCUGGGCUUGCCGUUUUAUGGGUACCAAUGGAGCUUGAAGGACCCUAACAAUGGCGGAUUGUUCGCACCAGCGACGAAUCCCGGAGUUGGAGCUGUGACGUACAAGGAUAUUGUAGCGGUGGGAGGGACGGUGAACUACAAUUCAACGUAUGUGACGAAUUACGCGCAGAAAGGAUCAGAUUGGUAUGGUUAUGAUGAUACUCAGAGCAUUUCUGCGAAAGUUGCUUAUGCCAAACAAAGAGGACUGCUUGGGUACUUUGCUUGGAACGUUGCACAAGACUCUGAUUGGACUCUCUCCCAAACUGCUUCUCAAACAUUGGGGUGAUAGACACGGCAUAAACGGAGCAGAAGCAGUAUCGCUAAAGGAAUAAGAAUAAAAUAUGUUAUAAAAAAAGAAUAAGGAUAAAAUUACGGAAAAAAUUGUGUUCGAAAUUAGAAUAUUUUCAAUAAAAUAAAAUCAUGUCUUUCUGAGUUUCAUAUUAACUUCCAAAUGUGUGAAAAUAUUGUCUUCUGUGAA